CAGCUAGCUUUUACUCAGCACCCACGAAUUGUCGACCAGCUCCGUUCCUGCUUGGCCUAUAAUGGCCAGACCAACGCGCUUUGCGGCCUCGAAUGAGCCGCUACAAAUAUUUCAGGAUGAAUUUCAAGAUGAAAACUACGGACAGCCAGUACCGUCAAUAAGUCGAGCUCCAAUGCCGACUGUUGGAAGGCAAUCGUCUCCGCGGCGCCCUUUAGAAAGCUCGAGCGGCAACCCAGUCUUCAAUCCUCCGAAUGGCCGUAGGAAACAUCACUCUCCUUACAAGACCUUUGGACAUGCUUCGACUACUUCACUAGGCUCAUUGCAAAACCGCAAACUGAACGCGAUCAAUAUAUGCCCACCCACGUUGAACGAGCAAGGUACCGACUCGAUGCCCAAGAAGCCUUUGAUGUCGACAUUUAAGACGGCCAACUCGAGACAAGUGAGCGUUGACAAGGAAAACUUACAUCCCACCUUGUAUCCUGCGCCACCUGCUUUCACACUCAAUGUUGAAGAGUAUUAUCCGACCCAAACUGGAAAACGCGCCCUCCUGGAAGCUGCGCCUAUCACUGAAUCAAGACCAUCUAAGAAACCUAAGAUUGAAGAGUCUUUCGUUUCAGAUUCAACUGGUUUCCCUCCUAUUUUCGAUGACGGGGCAAAACCAGGUCACAGCUACGCCCAGUUAAUUGGAAUGGCGAUCCUCCGCUCCCCUCAGAAGAAACUUACCCUGUCUCAGAUUUACAAGUGGAUUUCCGAUACGUACAAAUUCUAUAAUGCAAACGAUGCGGGCUGGCAAAACAGUAUCCGGCAUAAUUUGAGUCUCAACAAAGCUUUCAUUAAACAAGAACGCCCGAAGGAUGACCCAGGAAAGGGGAAUUACUGGGCUAUUGAGUCGGGCAUGGAGCAGCAAUUUAUGAAAGAGAAACCAAGUAGGAAGGCAUCUGUAGUAUCAGAGAACGUACACAUCAUGUCCAUGGUGCCGCGUGUCGAUUACUCUCAUUUUGAACCACCCUUUCUCCAAGAUGGUCUACCAACACUGCCUACCGUUGCUCAACCCCAAGCUGCUCCUUAUCUCCAGACUAUGUCGCAAGCGCCAGCAAUGGUUGCCCCUGAACCGUCAUCGGACGCUACCAUCCCUCUUUCUGAUAAUGUCUGCGCAGAAGAGCUGGGCGAUAAGACUCAAGAAACAGAUGGUCCUGACCCCGCUGCCCUUCCAUCUCCCCUUCCUGCGCCAAUAAACUCUUCGCCUCCUAUGCCUCGGUUCGUGAAACCAGAUAACGAUACACCACCUUCGGCUCGAACGAAUCUCUGGGGUUCUCGGAAACGUCCUCAAAAGCGCAAGCACGUCUCCAUGGACGCUUCAACCUCGGUGGAUGAUAGUGGUUAUAUAUCGUCAUUGGAAUCGUCGGUACUUCGACAACAGCCUAAUCCCUUUUGCAGCUCUGGCACAAGACACCCUCGUGUUAAGGGUGGCAGAGGCCGGGCCGAGGAUGAAAUCAGACGUCUCCGUCACUCCUCAUAUGACAGUCCAACCAAGAGUCGUUCAAAUGCGCCUUUGCCAGCGUCUUCUUCUCCUUCUCGGCAUCCUAAGCAAAUGCCACCUCCUCUCACACCGGUAGUUAAGAUAAAACCGCCACCAAUGCCGGUCGCCUCAGUCUCACCAAAUACGAACCUACAGGCACAUCGCGAUCAUGUGACGUCGAUGUUCGAAUCACCUCUACGUCGUGUCAGUAAUAUCUCGGAUAAUAUUGCUAAUAUGCCUCCAUGGAGUCCUUCAUUCCUCGGAGACUCCACCAACGACAAUUGUAUAUACGGACUGGACCCUUAUCCAGUUUUUGGGAUGAACGACUUCAGCUUCUUUGAAGAUGUGGCACUAGAUCUCGAGACCGAAACGGUUUCAGAACAUUCACCUAUUAAGAAAUCUAUGAGAAGGCCACGGCUAGAUCGAUCCCAGUCUACGAGUGCUUUAGGCGACCUUAGCAAUUCGGUAGCUCGGAAGUCUAUCACAUCAGCUCCCUUUCUAGGGGUUCCUAGCCCAAUGCCUGCCUUAAAUUAUGAAUCUCCUAGUAAAGCCUUUGAGGGCAUGUCAUCGCCAAGCAAGAUUUUCUUAGAGUCGCCUUUGGCUCCCAACAGGGCUAGCCUUCAGCUUGCCACGAAGGAAAAUGAUUGGUCUAAUUUCGAGAAUAGUUUUAAUCCACCUCUUUUUCAGGAGGAAACGGAAAAUCUCCUCGACAUUGCGCAGGGUUUUGAGAAGAUUGGUGGUGGUCGCAGUGUGGUUGGGUCUUGGAAAGGAUCAAAGCCUACCUUGGAGCGAAACUAUACGGCGCAAUGAGUACCACCUGACUCAUAUACCGUUAAUGGCGCCCACCAUAUAUUUAUUGGUGGCAUUCACGAAGUUGACGACUCCCAAGGCAUGGACAUAUCCGUUUUUCUGAC